CAAAGACACAAAAAAGAGAAGAAAAUUUUACCAGCAAAUCACCAUCUUCAUUGGAGAAAAAUCAGUACAUAUUUGCAGCCCAUGGAAUAUAUAUGCCAUUCAAAUAUAUAUAUUGCCAAUUACAACAGAACGUACUGCAUAUCCCACUUGCAUACUCGUUUGUUAUUCCCAAGAACCUCGAAUACAAACAUCAAAGGAUGUUCAAGCUUCCACCGCCAUCUAUUUUCAUUGCAGUGCUGAUUGUUACGAUAAACAUGGCAACAUAUUUGGCUGCCAUAGACCCUGCUGCUACAGCUGGGGAAGAGCCCGUUCUUGAGUUGUACAUGCAUGACAUUCUUGGGGGAAGUAACCCUACAGCUAGGCCAAUCACCGGCUUGCUAGGAAACAUAUAUAGUGGCCAAGUACCCUUUGCCAAGCCCGUAGGAUUUAUUCCCCCGGAUGGUGCAGUAGCAAUCCCUAAUGCCAAUGGCGCUAUUCCAACUGUCAAUGGUAACAAUGGCAUUCCACUAGGAACUGGCCUGGCUGGUACAGCUUUUGCAGGAAAUCCUAAUGGUCAAGGCGGUCAAGUUCAAACCCAGCUGGGGCCUGAUGGGUUGGGACUAGGCUUUGGAACAAUCACUGUAGUUGACGACGUUUUGACCUCCAGCCCUGAGCUAGGUUCGCAGCAACUGGGGAAAGCUCAAGGUGUUUAUAUCGCUAGUUCUGCAGAUGGAAGCACACAGAUGAUGGCAUUUACAGCCAUCUUUGAAGGAGGAGAGUUUGGGGACAGCCUCAACUUCUAUGGCAUAUACAAAAUUGGGAGUGCAAUGUCACAUUUGUCGGUGACAGGUGGAACAGGAAAGUAUAAGAAUGCUGUUGGAAUUGCGGAGGUCCGAGGACUCAUUCCAUCUGGUCAGCAUACCACAGACGGUGCAGAAACAUUACUGAGGAUAAUUGUCCAUCUAAAAUACUAAGAAUGUUAUUUAACUGGAUUAAAUGUGCGAUCGCUCGAGUGAGAAAAGUGUGGUAAAGGUUGGCAAUUUUCUAUUUGUUAAUGAUUCUGUUGUAACUCCUGAUGUAUUAGAUGUUUCCAAUGAGAAAGGUGAUGGAAUAUAGCAAAAGGCUGGUUGGUUUUUGAUUUCCA